AUGUUCGCGAGCGACAACAAGACAGAGCAACUCCACGUAGCAGUAGCUUUCGGCGACUUGCAAGCUGUCUUGCGAAUGCUGGCGGAAGGAGCAGACGCCGAUGCUGCCGACUGUUUCAAGGUACGACCGCUCCACAUUGCUGCGGAGCAAGGCCAUUUGGAAAUUAUUAAAGCGCUUCUCGAAAAGGGCUGUGAUGUAAAUGCAGAGGCAUCUGCCCCUUCUCCAGUGGGGCUACUGGAGCGGGACUCCAGCACCACCAACCGCGCCACUGACGGCCCAGACCACAGCACCACCUCCAUCAACGCCAGCCCUCCCAGCACAAGCCACAUCAUCGCCAGCAGUGUCAUCAGUCGCACCAUCGCCAGCAACGGCAGCGGCCGCACCAUCACCACGAGCAGCAGCCACAACUCCAACUACAACGCAUACUCCGAUUCCAGCAUAUCACUCCACGCUGCUGUAAGAGCCGGCAACUUGCAAGAUGUCCUGGAAAUGCUGUCGAAAGGAGCAGACGUCGAAGCCGCAGACAUUUUUAAGGUACGACCGAUCCAUAUUGCUGCGGAGGAAGGCCACUUGGACAUUAUUAAAGCGCUUAUCGCGAGGGGGUGUAACGUAAAUGCACUCGCGGCUUGCGCUACCCCAUUGUUCAAUCAGCUGGAGCGGGGAAUGACACCGUUACAUUUAGCUGCCAGAAACGCUGACCCAAACCUCGCGCUUUGUUUGAUUAGUGCUGGCGCUAAAGUUAACGCUAAGAAUAGUUCCGAAGUGGUUCCACUGCACCUUGCCGCACAGCAUGGCCAUUUGUCGGUAGUGAAGGCACUAGUUUCUGCGAAUGCAGACGUAAAUGCUGAGGACAACAUAAAAGUCACCCCACUUGUUUCCGCUGUGGCGCAGAAUUUUGAAGACGUAGCCAAAUUUCUUGUACAGAACGGUGCAGUUGUAAAUGCUAGAAAUUCAGAACGUGUGACACCACUGCAUUUCGCAGCGGAAAUGGGAAAUGUUAACAUAGCAAAGCUGCUGAUCCAGAACCAGGCCGCGAUUAAUGCAAAGAAUCUGGAAGGCUUCACUCCAUUGCACGUGUCUAUACAAAACAGACAAGCCGCAGUAAGUCAGUUUUUAAUAAAUAGUGGAGCAGAUGUGAAUGCGACAGAUGACGAGGGAUGGACCCCUUUGCAUAAUGUUGCACACAGUGGAUACCCUGCGGAAACCGCUAGACUUUUGAUUGCGAAAGGUGCUAGCGUGAAUGCGCGGGAAAGGAUUGGACGAACACCCCUGCACCUUGCUGCAGCGAUUGAUUUCAGAGAUGUAGUGAACAUCCUGAUCACGAACAAAGCUGAUGUUAAUGCGACUGACGAUCGGAUGUGGACGCCAUUGCAUAGCGCAGCUUACGACGGCCAUUUGGAUACUACAAAAAUUCUUACUGUCAGCGGGGCUAAAAUUGAUGCGAGGACUGAAAAGCAGACUACACCACUGCAUUUUGCAGCAGACUACUGGCAUGUCGAAGUAGUUAAAUACCUUUUGGCAAAAGGAGCCGAAGUUAAUGCUCGCGAUCACACAGACUGGACGGCACUUCACUUUGCAGCAGAUGAGGGUUCCAUCCUAGUUCCUCUAGGGGCGUCGGGACACUCGGGUGCAGAAGCGCAGGACUCAAAAAUGAAUACUGUUCGAGCUCUCAUCGAAAACGGAGCUGAUAUAAAUGCAAAGGGAAGCAACGAUGAAACAGCUCUGCACGUAGCCGUUAAUUUGCCUGGUAUUUUCUCACGUUUUAUGAAAAUGGAAAGUGAAGAUGAGUUUGAUAUUGAAUUUAGUGGGUCUGAGAGUUCUGAAGAUAGCUAUGAAGAGAGUUUGGAAGAAGGAAGUGAUGAAUCAGUUUCUUCUGAGUGUGACAUUGCGAGCGCCAGAGUGUGGUAUGAGAUAGAUCCAUCUAAGCCACUGCCACCUGCUCCACCACGUUUUCCUUUUACAGGUGGCGGCCGCGAAGAAAUCUCCCAGCAGCUACGCCAGGUGUCGCAGCAGGUGCGUCACAGCCCCGUCAAGUUCAGCGCCUGUUCCCUGUUCAGCGUGGACGGCAGGCUGCUGACGGGAUACGUGGCCGCAGUCGUCACAUACGCCAUCAUACUCACACAGUUCAACACAGGAAGCUGUUAA